GACUCUCUCUCUCUCUCACACCCACCCCAUUUCUAUCUUCAUAUCUUUCUCUACCAUCACAUAGAGAAGAGAGAGAGACUCUCUGGAAAGGCCUUCUUCUUCUUCUUGUUGUUGGGUUUGCUCAACUUUGUGUGUUUUUUUCAAUAUUUAAUCAGAAACUCAGCUCUUUACCGAUCUUUUCAACUCUUUUUCCAUACAGUUUAAGAGACACUUGGAAGAAUUGUGAUUUGUGAAGGAGCUAUUUUUGGUAGGCUGAUAUAUAUAAUUUGGCAAAAAGGGGUUUGGUAAUUGGAAAAAAACAUAGUUGAAAGAUGGGUUACCUAUGUGAUUUUUGUGGUGAACAAAGGUCCAUGGUGUAUUGCCGUUCAGAUGCUGCAUGCUUAUGUUUGUCCUGUGACCGAAAUGUCCACUCUGCUAAUGCCUUAUCAAAACGCCACUCAAGAACACUAUUAUGUGAAAGAUGCAAUUCACAACCUGCGUUAGUAAGAUGUGCUGAAGAGAAGCUGUCUCUUUGUCAGAAUUGUGAUUGGACGGGUCAUGACGCUUCUACAUCAGCUUCAUCACAUAAAAGACAAACAAUCAAUUGCUAUUCGGGCUGCCCAUCGGCUGCAGAGCUUUCUUCAAUCUGGUCAUUUGUUUUGGAUUCCCCUUCUGCGGGUGAAUCAACUUGUGAGCAGGAAAUGGGAUUGAUGAGCCUAACUGAGAACAACAUGAGGCAAAAUGCUUUAGCGCCUGCAGUUAACUCUACACCUCACAUUCUGGACCAGCCAGCUGGAUCCUCAAAUGCAUCUUUGCCCAAGUUAUGCUGUCCUGGAACAAAAGACACUGAACUCUCUGAAGAAAAUGAUCUCUAUGAUGAUUUCAAUAUGGAUGAAGUGGAUUUGAAUUUUGAAAACUAUGAAGAACUGUUUGGUGUAUCUCUCAGUCAUUCUGAAGAGCUUUUUGAGAAUGGUGGGAUUGAUAGCUUGUUUGGUAUGAAGGAAAUGUCUGCUGCUGAGGGGUCUUCAGUUGGACAUUUCAAUUCAACGCAGCCAGCAUGCAGCAAUGCAGCGUCUGCUGAUUCUAUAGUCAGCACUAAAACCGAACCAAUACUUUGCUUUACGGGAAUGCAAGGGCAAUCAAACCUUUCGUUUUCUGGUCUUACUGGAGAGAGCAGCCCUGGGGACUAUCAAGAUUGUGGGGCUUCCUCAAUGCUACUCAUGGGAGAGCCUCCAUGGUGUUCUCCAUGCCCUGAGAGCUCCUACCAAUCUGGUAACCGCAAUGAUGCUGUUAUGCGUUACAAGGAAAAGAAGAAGACACGCAAGUUUGAGAAAAGAGUGAGGUAUGCCUCUCGCAAAGCAAGGGCUGAUGUAAGAAAGCGUGUGAAGGGACGCUUUGUCAAAGCUGGUGAAAUUUAUGAUUAUGAUCCUUUGAGCCAAACCAGAAGCUAUUGAGAGUACAAUUUUUAACCAUGUUUUAUACAAGGAAAGAAUCACUCCGUGUUUAGUUGGGAAAAAUCACUUAUUUUUACCUAAACAUUGGAUGAAACUAACUCAUUUGUGUGUGCAAUGACAAGCUGUAUGGUUGUAUCUCAGGGGGCUUGGUUUUCAUGAGAAGAAAAUGGUGGAUAUAAAAUGCUGGGUUCCAACGCUUCUCCAAUUAAGUUGAGGAGCAGAAUUUUGAUUCUUCAUCAUAUAAGGGAUUGAUGGAUCGCUUGCGAUACCAUCACCAUCACCAUCAUCAUCUUACAAGACCAUUUAGAUCGCCCUUGACUUUAAGCUCUGGAUUUUUUGUUUCCUUCUCUCUGCGCAAUUCUUCUCUAGGGAAAGAACUUUAUGGGUUCUCUCCAGCCAUAAAACCUCAAUUAUUAAUCUCUCUUCUAUUCCUUGCUCUUGCUCUGGCCACUUGUACAAAUGCAGUUUCUAUGGUAUGCUGGGUGGCUGUACUCUCAUUUGCCAGGCCAACCAAAAAGCAAGCACUUGUAAUGUUCUUUUCUUGUAAGUUUUAAUAUGCCAAUGUAUAGCACAGGAUUUACAUAUGCUCUUAAGAGAGUAUGAUGUCUAGUCGAAAACAGUUCUGUGGUCCGACAAAAAUGCUUGUUGUACAUUUCUCUUUCAUUUCGUGAACAUGUAUAGCACGGGAUUAUAUGUGAUUUUGAGAGGGAAUAGUCUGUAGUGCUCUAGAUCAGUGUAAAAAAUUAUUUAUAUUGUAUUGCCAUUGUCGUUACCUCAA